AUGGCAGAUUUGGACCACGUAGAAGCACCAGUGGCUACCGAGCCCGAGCCAUCAGACCCCAAUAAAAUUGUCGACACGCCGAUCACAUGGGAGAUCGUCGAACAGGAUUUUCAGAAAGCCUUCAACACCACGGCCACAAUUGGCCCGAAUCGUACGGCGAAAGUGAUUGGUGAUGGGCGGGGAUUUGUCUCAAAAAUGGCGCAAGUUGAGUUUGAUUGGACUACCGAUACCGAGAAACUACCAAAAGUGGCCGUAUUGAAGAUCACAACCUGCGACAAGAUGCGCAUCAUCUGCGAACAGGUGAUGAAAAUCGACUUUGAGGGCAUGAAGCAUAUGGCCGGGAAAGUGCACGAUUCCGAGUGGAACCUCUACGACCAGGCCGCCAACAACGAGGAAUUCGUCCGCAAUAUGCGACUUUCGAAAUACUACUGUGGCCGAGGGUUUGACUACGGAGGAAUCGAAGCGGGCUACCUAGCCAUCGAACUGAUCGAAAACUUUGCCCACCGCCACUUCUACCACACCGUCCAGGACUCGGCGGCCCGCGAGAUUGUUGGCGUGUUGGCCAAGCUGACGGCAUACUCCCUAAAACACCCUGAAAUCGUCGACAAAAUGGAUAUUCGGUGGAUGGACGAGGCGAUGGGGCAGUUUGUGAAUCGACAGAAACUGGAGACUGAGUUGGACAACAUGGCAGAGAAAUAUCCGGACCGGAAGGAGCAGGUUGAAGUAUUCCGCUCAGUCCUCUGGGCCUACGAUACCCCCGAAGUAUACCUGAAGCAAACCGCGGCAUUUGGUCGAAAAAUCCUCGUCCACGGCGAUAUGUGGCCAGGGAAUAUUAUUUGGGACAAAGACGCGAAGGGAGAUUAUCAUGUCAGACAUCUCAUCGACUGGCAGGUUGUCCACCUCGGCACCCCGCUCGAGGAUCUGCUUCGAAUCCUCUCCAGCGCAGUGACACCCGAGAAUUAUAAGGAUCACCGGGACUCCUACCUCGAGCACUUCUACGACACGCUGAAACACGAGGCGCCUGCAUGUGAACUGCCGUGGGCCAGCUUGAGUGAGUUAAUCGAACAGUACGAAAAGUUCGUGCCCCUCAUCGCCAUCGCCUUCAUGCCAAUGUUCAUGCAGAUGGAAGAGAUGCUGUUUAGAACGUGUGACGCAUCGGAAAAAGAAGAGUGCCUGAAGUGCUUCUACUCCAAGAUCUUCAACACGUUCGACGAGACAGAGGCGUGCAUCAAGAAAUGGUGGCAACAUAAA